GCCAAAACAACAAACUUCCUCACUUUCUUGCCUUCCAAACACACCACAGGACCACGCCAUGUCUACUACUCCUCUCAUCCUUUCUUCCCUACCCUCCUUAAACCUCAGAAAUUCAUACCCCUCCACCACCACCGCCGGUGCGACUACGGGCACUCCGUUUCCCGCCCUCACAUUCAAGCUCACGUCGCUUACCCUGCGCCGGUCCCGAAAAUCUUCUUUCAUUGUAAGGGCCGAUGACGGUGACGCUGAUUCCGGGGGCCCCGAUGACUACGACAUGGACGAGGACGAGGUGGAGGAGGUUGACAACAAGAAGGACUACGACGUCGAGUAUGAACCCUUGGCUGCUGGGGCCAUUACAGUUGUGGAUGACGACAUCGCCAUGGUUGACAGCAAGAGCUUCAUGUCCAUCCAAGGCUGGGAUCCCGAGAUGGUCGUCGAUUAUAGAAUCAACGAGGAGGAGUUCCACAAGAUUAGUUUGCAGGACUGCGAUUUCUUCAUAAGAAAACCUCCGGACCCGGACAAUGACGUCUAUGAUUUCAGGGAGAUGUAUGUGACGCCGCCAGACACGGAUAUUUACUCAAUACCGAAGGUUCUUGCUCCAAUGCCUCAGAAGUACAUACGAUGUGCAAAAAGUGAUUAUGGAUGUUAUAAUGUUACAGAGCCACCCAUUGAUGCUCCUCGGGAUCCUUUGUAUAAGUCUGAAAAGGAGAUACAUAAGAUUUUGUUGACGAAGCAUUACAGGAAUCGGAGGCUGAAUGACCCAGAGUUUGUGCUUGAUUUUGAGGAGAUUUAUGUUAUCAACUCCAAAACAAAGUCAAUUACUAGAGCAAAAGUUUUGGUCACAGCUCCAGGAGGAAGAAACAGGGACAGAAAGAGGGAUUUGCUUGUUAUACGGGAUAAUGGAACCUCUUUCAAAAUAAUUGAUAUGAGUGAGAGAGAUGAUCCCACCACUGUGAUAGAGAGAGAGGACUGGGCCAAGUCUAGACAAGACAUGGAAAGACAUCUCAGCAAGCUACGGGACUUCAGCAUUUCAAAUUGGUUCUAAACAGUCGGCAGAGGUGUGGAGAUUGUUUGAUCAUAUUGUGAAUAUGCUAGAAAAUGCAAAUUGGUCAGAGGUGAGCAUAGACUUCGGAAUUUGAACUUUGGCGUCCAAUCAAGAUCAAGUAACUGAUAAAUGAUAAUCCAUUCAGCGAAGAAUUGAAAUUAUUUGAUCAUGAUUAGAAUAUGCUGGAAAAUGCCAGUUGGUUGGAGAUGAGCGUUUGCACGUCUAUUCACUUCAGCAUACAAUAAAGACCUUAUAAUUUAAAAUUGGAAGUAUGCACGCUGCUAAUGAUGAAAUUCUGCUGAUGCUUAGACAGGGAUGGGGCUUGGAUAGUAGUGACAGGUACUUCCUUUUCAUUUUGUGGGAUUGUGAAGUUGUUUGACCUUAUUUGUCAUAUGUGUUGGCUUGUAAAUUCUUGUUAUCCAAAUUGUUCUUUCUGAAUAUAAUGUGAUAUGGCGAGUAAGAAUAACAUGUAUUUUGGUAAAUCUUUCAUAUUUUCUGA